CGCGAGAAUAUACCGAUAAACCUUCUUCGAACAAUCCUAGUCCAAAUUCGUGACGAGUACUAUCGCGAAGACUAUAAGCAUCCGAUCUUUCUCGUUCCAGCGGGAUCCACUCGCAUCCCAGAUGACACGGAGCUCUCAACCCUUAAUUCCCGGCGGAUUUGCGGUCGAUAGAGAACGGAGAAUCUCAACGGUGGCCGAAACUCGGAGGUCCGUGCAUAGAAGCGGGCGGCGGUUCUCUGUUUCCUCCUGAGCCAUACCCCCGACGGAGUCCGUGGAGAGUAGUGGCGACAUAGCGCGCGCACGACGAACGAAAAGGGUCCCUGGACAGGUAGAGAGAACACCUCCGCUCGACGGUGUGCCCCGAGGGCGUCGGGAGAGCGCGGGCAUGGCUCGACCGUGGCUCCGCCCAUAGGGACACCAUAAUGGCCUCCGCGCGACCAGUGAAUCGGCUCGACGUCACAGCGGAGCGGAGGGGAUAGAGCCAGCGCGCCAAUCGCGCGGCGCGGCGAGCGGCGCGAGAGGCGUGGCCACGAGUGGCGCCACCGCGGCAACUUUCCGAAACCGCGCACCGGGCUCCGGGGAGAGGCUCUGGCUUCAUUAUGUAUCAUUAUACCGGUCCGCGCCGCGCGGUGUGCACUGCAGUUACUGGGCCAGGCGCGCGUGUGUGCUUUUCUCUCUUCCUCGUCGUUCGGUUCUCGUUCUCUUCUUCUUCUUCUUCUUCUUCUUCCUCCCUGCGCUGGCCGGGCGGAUCGUCGCCAGCUCGGGCAUCCGCGAUGCUCCACCGCGAAUAAUCGCCGCGACGCGCGUGGAAAAAGCACUCGCUGGCUGAGGAACGAGCGUGCGCGCGCGCGCACGCGUGUGUGUCAUCCGGCGAGCGUGCAAUUAAAUCACGGCUACGCGGUUUCGCGCGAGUGUGCCGUCACCAGCGGGCCACGACAGAUUACCGGUUCCCGUCGGCGAAGCUGGACCGAUACCGUUCCUCCGUCAGUGCCGCGAACCCGCGAUCCGUCGACCGCGAACCCAGUGACCGUACCCGUCGGUGAUCCACGAGACACCAGUGAAAUCACUGUGCGACCGCGAGCAGACCGUCAUUGGAUUCCCGUCGCGGGUGAAGUGGUCAGUGAUCGAAACUCGUGGAAGGAGGACUCUCCGAGGAAGGCUCCAGGAACAGUGAACACGUGGUGAAGAUAUCAGGCAGAAGGAGGACUGCUCGACGACUGGGUGAAGUGAUUAGUGAUCCUACUCCGGCGAAUAUCAGGACUUUCUCGCGGAGAAUCGAGGGACAGUGUAUACGUGGUGAAGAGAUUAGGUAGAACGAGGAAGAACUGCUGCUCCGUUGCUGGGUGAAGUGAUUAGUGAUCCUACGCUAGCGAGUAUCGAGACUUUGUAACGAACGGGUCGAGGGACAGUGUACACGUGGUAGUGAAGGAGAUCGAACAGUGGAGGAUUAGUCGCAAAGGUGAUUUGGAGAAAUCAAUGUCGAGCACCGUCGAGGUAACGACCGAUACGUAGUUGACAUCCAGGCUCGCGACCCGCGGGGACCAGAGGCCCCAAGAUUCGGGCCCCGUACGGGAUUCGCGCGACGGCGGCGGCGGCGACGACGUCGUCGGCGAGUUUGUCCGCGAGAACCGUGGGCUGUGGCGGCGGCAUCGACGUCGCGACUAAGGUGGAGCGUCCGGGCAGCACGACGACGCUCAACUUCACGGACCUGGGGAGCCCAUUCGGGGCGGGCGACCCCUGUCCGUCCAGCACCCCGACCCCGAACAGCAUGUCGGGAGGCGGUGGACCGUCGGGUGGCGGCGGUGGCGGUGCUGGCGGCGGCGGAGGAGGCGGCGGUGGCUCCGACAUGGAGCAGCAUCUUCAUCACACGGGCCUGGGAUCGGUGACACCUGGACCCCAGGGUGGCAACGGCGGAGACAGCACCGCGUCCAGCACGCCCGUCUCCCAGAGCGGAAAAUCCGCGUUCAUUGAGCUCCAGCACAACAAUCUCUACAACCCCGCGAGCCUACGCGGCGGUUACCCUGGCGGACACAACGUACCCGGUGCCCAUCAGUUCUCGCACCAGGUCGGCGCGCUGGGACAUCAGACCUCCGGUCCUGGCAGCGGGAACCAGCAACACGCCGAGGCCGGAUUCCCCAGUCCCAGGUCCGCGCUCGCCGGAUAUCCGUUCGCGCCCAUGCACCAACACAACGCCUACGGAUAUCACCUGGGAUCGUACGCGCCCCAAUGCCCCUCACCGCCCAAGGACGGUGAGUACCCCAACUGGUGGUGCAUGUUCGCAGACCUCUCGCCGCUGGGCGACAAGGGCGGCAGCCUCGUUGACGAACUCGGCGGCGGCGGCGGCGGUUCCCUGAGGAACGGCAAGGGCAAGAAGAUGAGGAAACCGCGAACGAUCUACAGCAGCCUGCAGCUGCAACAGCUCAACAGGCGGUUCCAGAGGACGCAGUACUUGGCUCUGCCAGAGCGAGCCGAGCUCGCCGCGAGCCUGGGACUCACGCAAACGCAGGUGAAAAUCUGGUUCCAGAACAGAAGGAGUAAGUACAAGAAGAUGAUGAAGGCCGCGCAGCAAGGCGGCGGAGGCGGCGGCGGACAGCACGGCAGCCUUCUAGCUGGUGGAACCGCUCUGCCAGGAGGACCAUCCCCUCAACCGGGCCAACCCGGAAGUCUCAUGCAAGGAGGAGGCGGAAGUUCCGUGUCGGGCAGUCCGACGACAGGCUACCUGGGGGGAAUGGGAGGCGGCGCAGGGGGUCACACCCCCGGCAGUUCGAGUCCCGGAAGCGAGAUGUCGCCUCAGCAUAAUGAGAGCCCACCCGCGCCCUCCUGGCCGGGCGAGAUGAAGCACCAUCCGCACCCCCACGCGCCACCACACACCCACCACCACCCCCACACGCCGGGUCACCAUCCACCGCCCCCGCCGCCACCGCCGCAUCACGCGGGUUACAUGCCACAGUACUCCUGGUACCAAGCGGAUCCUAAUCCUGGACUACUCACGGUGUGGCCGGCGGUUUAACGAAGACGUCCUUCGAGCUGUGUUCAGGAGGAACCACUUCUUCGUAGCGCCGUGGACGCGCCAGCGCCCCAGCUCCAAAGUGUGAAUACGUGUAGCACCUGUCACGAUGGAAUUCGCGUUCGAUGUUAAUAUUGUUUCUAUUCGUUUAACGAGGGAGCCGCGUCUGCCAGGUCGGCCAGGCGGUAUCCAUGCGGGUCGUCCGUCGAAGUGAAAGAUUAAUCGCGACGUCGUGACACGUGUCCUGCCAGGGAACUAAUAACGAUAAUAGUAAUUUAGCCGCGCGAUGAAACACGCGAUGAAAGCGGACGAAACUAGCUAAGUCUCCCAAGGAUCGACAGGGGGCACCUUCAACGGCUUCGAGGAGCCCCCACCAGCCACCAUGGAUCCGAGAAGGAUCUCGAGGAUUCAGACCUGACGAGAAGGAUCUCGUUCCCUGACCUACGAGACUGGUCGAAGACUACGUUGCACCCGAAGAGUAAGAAUCCAGACGAGGAAUUUUCUGUCCAAGAACCGAGAAUCUUUGCGUCUGUCCCGAUGCAGAGAUGGGCAAAGUUUCGUAGGACUAUUUAUUCGUCACGUUUGUUCCAUUGGGGAGUUACAGAUUUAUUUGUUCCCUCCGAAGUAUUUCGUUUUCGUAAAUCGAAUUCGACACGUUCACCGCGGAACGGGAACAUACAUGCCCCGGCACGAAACUUUUAUUUUUUCUCGAGUGUCUACGAUAAGGAACGUUAAAGGUCUCGUUUAUCCAAAUGAAAAGUCCAUGUACGAAGAGUAUUUAAGCUCUUUAUUUUUAGAGGCCAGUACAAAUGUUUCGAUAGGAAUCAAAAGAACGGCUUAAAAUAAAAUUAGCGUCCCCCCUUUUUCCUAACUGCCGAAAAAGAACGUGAGCAACACCCGUGUCGCAAAUACGUCAUACGUAUCUCGCGAAAUACAAAAUAGAAACAGAUGCUUACAACUAUUUGACCUAAUAAGAAAGUUAUCGCGGUGAACGUGUGGACGAGGAACGGAGGAACUGUUUACCUCCCACUGCUCGAAGUUAUCUAUUUAGAUGAGAAUUUUCCCCAUCUCUGGAGCCAGGAGAGCCGAGCGAGUCAACCACGGUCUAUUACCGCUAGAAUUUCAAUGAUCGCAACCGAUUACACACUCCAGCCGCGACAAUCUCCUUCGUUAAAUGUCAAGAUAGCGGUCGAUCUCUCGAAACGCCGGCGAACAAUUAUCCUCUCGGACGGAGGAUAUUUUCGCCACCCCUCCACCCAGGGAUCCCCGCGGUUAGGCACGAUCCCUACCGAUCCCCAUUCGCCGCGGUAAAUGUCAAUCGUCGAUGACGUUGGAUCGGCUCGAUCCCCCACGACAGUUGGCCAACCGCGUCUGACCCACUUCGCGUUGGAAGCUGGAUCUCGCGGAUCGAACGACGGCGAAACGACCAUCGCGGUGGCGGAGAACGGAAAAAAUGAAGGAAGGGGGGGGAUGUGUUGUAUAAACUUCGUCAAGUCGGUCCUCCGGGCGGUUUAGAAGCAACGAAAUCCUAUUGACGAUCUCGAAACGAUCACCACAGUUAUGGUGACGCGGAAUCAACAGUCCCGCCUUUCCGGAUGGGGCAACCGACUCUGGUACACUUCGUUGCUCAGGAGUUGGCGAAGCACCUACGAUUUGAAGGGGAGGGAAGCAUAGGGGUUACGCCGUUCGAUUCGACUUUGCUCAUACAUUUGCUUUAUACAUUUUGUACAAAGAUACAAAUUUCAUAAACUAAUAUAACGAUUUUACCAUUCAAUUUUACAUGAGUUAAUAUGUUGUUCAUUUUGCAUAUGCUCUUCAUAUUCCCAUGAAUGCCUAAAACCUGAAAUUCAGACACUCGCAAAAGUACUUCGGGACUAACAAGGGAAGUUCGACGACCCAAGAAUCCCAAAAAAUUCGUAACUUUGCAGAAACGUGAUUCAGAUAACGUUAAUAAUGUACAAUAAUUACUUUUCGUUUUGGCAAUGAAACAGGUCGAAAUCACCAUUACAACAAAAUUCCGAACUUUCGCAAUAAUGAUUGCUAGUAAAUCGAUUCCUUUUGUCGAAGUAGUAUUGCUCGUCACUAAAAGUGAUUUUGUUGCUCCGUUUCCAAAAGUAGAAGUUACGCUUGCCACUGGUUUUUUAGUUGCUGCUUUUAAAGACCCAUUAAAAAGUCCGCGAAGGGAUCGAUUUCUCUUCUGCAUCGACCCUCUUAACACUUUACCUAUCGGAAAUCUAUUUAUAAGCCUUUCAAUUCCAGUGUUUACUUCCUGGGAUUGAUUAACUGUGUUGUUAGUAGUCUAUUUACAAUGCUCAAUUUUUAACAGUACACAGAAGCCAACGUCAACCUAGAUUAAUAUAAAUUAAUGUAGAGAGUUCCCCUCUGAGGUGUAAACUGUUCCUAAAUAGGCCAGUAGUUAAAGUGUUGAUACGCUUAGUGCCAACCCACGCAAAAAUGGGACCAUGAUCGAGAUUUCCGUGGCAUUUGAGUUCGACCAGUUGCGACCACAGAGUUCUCACGAUGUCACUCCCACGCUGAUAACUCCUGGUCCCAAUUUUCGAUCAUAAUGCAGGGCGAUAUUGUAACACCUAAUGGACGAGGUACCUUAUUACUUUGAAUAAAAUUUAUUUAAAUUAUAAGGUCUAUUGAAAGAAUAUACGAGUCUGAAUAAAUUUGAGUAAAAUACAUAUAAUAAUUUACAAAAUACACAAAUACAUGAAAUAAUUUAUUCAAAUUAAUAACAUUAUAAAAGAAUGUAUUGGGUAAUUUGAAUAAAUUUGUUUAAAUUAAAAGAUGUAUUAGGAGAAACAUAUAAAUUUAAAUAAAUUUGACUAAAUUGAUUUCAAUUAAAAGAUUUUGUAGCGAACAUAGAGUUUCUACCAUCCAAGGUGUUCCAAGUUUACCUAUCUCAAUGAAACCAAACAGAUAUCAAACGAAUAGCUUUAACGAGCCACGAGGAACUGCAUACUCAGCUAGAAAUCAAUAUGAAAAACUUUACAAACUUUAAUUAUCGGUUUUCGCGGUGCGUCGGUACCUGCGUAAACCUUAAAUUGGUGGUUUGGCAACAUGGUACACAUUUGCAUGCGUUUCAGUAGUAAUUUCUUGAACUUUUCUGUUUUUUUUUUUUUUGUGUAAGUCGCGUAGUAACACUUUCUCCUCAAAGACGAACGCGAGAUUCUGAGAAUUGUUUUGCUUAUGGGACGCGAAAUGCUCGUAUGGGAGGUAUUUCGAACUUAUAGAUUCCUGUUUCCUAGCAAUGAGUGGCAAACGGAUUAGUCGAUCGUGCUAUGUUUUCUUUAUAAUAAAAAUCAUGUUAAUGUGAGUUCGUG